GUCGCGCUGUACGUGUGACGUCAGACCUAUUCUGUGUUGUGGUGGCGAACGAGCUGUUGGCCUGAAAAAUACAUUCGACGUUGGAUUCUACGAGGUACACAACACUCAAGUGGUUGUCGAUCGCACUCCUGAGCAGAAGCAGACCUCAAAAGCCAGGAUGUCGUACGUGAGAGCAGGUGGAAGCCGAUCCCAGCCACGGGACUUCAGCAGCCUCCUCCAGACAUGCAGUGCCAAUAUCCAGAAGAUAAGCCAGAACACUGCCCAGAUUAAAAAUCUUCUUACCCAACUUGGGACCAGAGAGGAUUCUCCUGAACUGCAAGAAAAACUGCAGCAGCUUCAACACUACACGAACCAGCUGGCUAAAGAAACCAACACACACCUCAAGGAGCUGGGUUCUCUUCCCUCACCUGUGUCACCGUCAGAGCAGAGGCAGCAGAAGCUUCAGAAGGAGCGUCUGAUGAACGAUUUCUCUGCUACACUCAACAACUUCCAGGUGGUGCAGAGAAGGGCAGCAGAGAAGGAAAAGGAGUCAGUAGUCCGAGCUCGAGCUGGCUCCCGGGCAAUGGGCGAUGGACAGAACACAGACGAACAGCUGGUCUCUUUUGACAAGGAGGAUGACUGGGGUCUGGACCAGACUCAGACUCAGGAAGCCGACAUCACAGAGGAAGAUCUGGAGCUCAUCAGAGAGCGAGAGACCAAUAUAAAACAGCUGGAGGCUGACAUCAUGGAUGUGAAUCAGAUCUUCAAGGACCUUGCUGUCAUGAUCCAUGAUCAGGGAGACAUGAUAGACAGCAUUGAGGCCAACGUGGAGAGUGCUGAGGUUCAUGUAGAAAGAGGGGCUUCACAGCUGCAAAAAGCUGCAUAUUACCAGAGAAAGUCACGUAAGAGGAUGUGCAUACUGGCAAUGGUGCUGUCGGUGGUCCUCGUCAUUCUCAUCAUCAUCAUCUGGCAGGCCUUAAAAUGAGAUGGGAGGAAGGUCCAUCCUCAAGCUGCAAGUGUGUGUGUGAGAGAGAGGGAGAGUACGUGACAAGUGUUCUUGUUUUCCAUUGUGACUUCAAUAUCUGACGAUGGAGUGUCCACUAAUGCAAGGAGUUGAUGUAUUUCAGAGUUAACUGCUUCUAUAGCUUCAGUCCAAGUGAUUGAUCUCAUCCCGUCCUAAACGUGACCCUUCUUUAUCCGAUCUACGCACAUAACUUGGGGUUGUGUUUUCAAUAAACUGACAGUGUAUGACAGUGCCGGGAAUAUACCUGCUAUCAGAUUAGAAUCCAGCGGUACAUGAAAGAACACAACUACUAAUCAAGAGGAGCGCGUCUGAGAUAUGUACCAUUCAUUUUAUUUGUUUGUUAGUUGUUCCAUGAGUCUUUAUUUAAUGACUGGUGAUGCACAUAGUCGUCCACUAAAACUAUGUGUAAAAUAAACAUUCCUCCUAACAAAACUCCUCUCCACUCUCUGCCCAAGUUACCAUUAAGGUAUAAUUUCUUUUCUCCCUUAACUGAUUAUUCCCUUGUAAUCAGUUUGUCAUCUUUCUACAUCCCUCCUCCAAAAAUGGUUGGAGGCUUCUCAUGGCUGGCAGAAGUUAUUGCGCUUGCUGUUGAAAAUUCAUGUUCCAGAGCUUUUCUGGACAUCCUCUUUAAACCAACAUAGUGGUUAUAGUCCUCGUUGCUGAUCUGAAGUGUGUAGAAACUUUGCCAGUCUGCAAUGACCAAUAGUUUCCAAAUCUUAGCAAGUAAGUCACACAGUAUCUUUCCAUCACACAAAGCGCAACAAGAUAUUCAAAACCACCGGAAUCAGGUUCUCAGCCUCUUCUUCCUGUCCUGAUGUUGCUCUCGCCGACCAAUGAGGGGUCGCCAUCACAGGCUCACAGCCACCUGGAGUCCAAAUGAUUUCAAGACGUUUCUACUCAGUAGUUCAAACAUAAGUGAAGAGUGUACAUUUUUACUGUACUCGGUAGCAUGCACUCCCCUUACGUCACAAGUGAACUGACUAUGAAGUCAGUAAUGAUUAACCCAGCAGCACAAGCUAUGAGCACAAAACAUGAGGCUAGAAAACACAUUGGCUCUGACAGCAGAGGCAGUGUUGACGUCUCCUUUCUGACCUUGCCAUCUUCUCUUGACAUAGACUGCCAAAAUAAAAUUAGCGUUGUGUCAGUGAUCAGCAGCUGUGACAGAAAUGAUACAUCCUCGCCUUCAUGAAAUUCAACUCAGAAAUAAUCUCCUUUUGCCAUGUAACCAUUGACGCCACGGUACAAACACUCCUAUAAAGAAUUGUUAUUUUAUUUCUCAGAGAAACUUGUUUCUCAGCUCAUGGAAUGUCACCCAUUGAACAAAUAAAUAAUUUAAACAUUCA